GAGGAAACUACCUUGAAUGGGAAUUAUCAUCCGACAAUUGAAGAAAACCAUUCAUCAGCAAUCACCUCAUCCAUUACAAUAUAAUCCUCAUAGAGACAAUUAGUUACACCACCAUGCGGUUUCUGUGUUUACAUGGUGCUGGCACAGGUGCGGAGGUAUUUGAAAUCCAAUCCGGCGGCAUAAUCCAAGCCCUCGAAAGCCAAGGCCACAAAUUCAAAUUCAUCAACGGCAAAGUCAACACGGAAGUCGAGCCUGAACUAAAGGGAAUCUUCCCUCCCCCCUUCUACAGCCACUAUCCCCGCGACACCGCCCCAGGCACAGACCUCAGCAAAGCAAUCGAGUACACUCUCGAUAUCAUUGCCCGCGACGGCCCCUUUGACGCCGUACUGGGGUUUUCGCAAGGCGCGGCCCUCGCCUUCUCAUUGCUAAUGCACCAUGCGCAAACGCACCCUUCCUCGCCGCCGUUGUUCAAAACCGCGGUGUUUAUCUGCGGUGCGGCGCCGUACGAGUUGUCUGGACUGACGCUGUUCUCUCUCAAGGAAGGCCAGGCGUACCCUGUUUCGAUUCCCACGGCGCAUAUCGUGGGGAAAUUGGAUCCGUUGUAUCCGGUGAGCAUGGACCUUUAUGCGUCCUGCGAGCCGUCGAUGGCGGAGUUGUAUGAUCAUGGCUCGAAGCAUAUGAUUCCGUUUGAUGUGAAGAAUAACGAUGCCAUGGUGGCGGUGAUUGAGAGGACGAUUCAGAGGGCACUCAGGGGAUAGAAAAAUGUUUUUUUUUUCUUUCUUUCUUUCUUUCUUUCUUUCUUUAUUCGUGAUAGAUAAAGUGCAUGUUUCUAAAAGCUGUCUCUCUACCCCCCCCCCUCUCCCUUCUACCUCUUCUCCGGGUAGUGGUUAACUUGGGAUAAUUUCUCGGAAUGUUAUGAUCUGAUCUGGUAUAUUAUGCUAUUCUGUUUUCUAUGUUCAUCGCUUCUUCGAGGACUCCCGGUCCCGUCUAGAUACCAGAACGGCUAUUAAUAGGAGCACUAUUCCCAGGACGAUGCUGUAUGAAAUGCUGGUUCCUGUAAAC